CAGCUGAGCCAAAACAAAAACUUUAGUUAAGAAAGAAGAGAAGAAGAGAUUGAAUCAUUUAUAGCUAGGAAUGGGAAGAAGCCCUUGUUGUGACGAGAGUGGUCUCAAAAAAGGCCCUUGGACCCCUGAGGAAGAUCAGAAACUCGUCAAACACAUCCAAACUCAUGGCCAUGGCAGCUGGAGAGCCCUCCCCAAACUCGCCGGGCUGAACAGAUGUGGGAAGAGCUGCAGAUUGAGGUGGACGAACUACCUAAGGCCAGAUAUAAAGAGGGGCAAAUUUUCUCAAGAAGAAGAGCAAACCAUUCUGAAUCUCCAUUCCGUCCUUGGAAACAAGUGGUCAGCAAUUGCAAGCCACCUACCGGGACGAACAGACAAUGAAAUCAAGAAUUUCUGGAACACCCACUUGAAGAAAAAGCUAAUUCAGAUGGGUUUUGAUCCGAUGACCCACCGUCCUCGAACAGACAUAUUCUCCAGUUUGCCCCACAUCAUAGCGCUGGCCAGUCUCAAAGAGCUCAUGGAGAAUCCCUCGUGGGAAGAACAGGCAUUGAGACUGCAAGCAGAAGCCGUUCAAAUGGCUAAGUUUCAGUACCUUCAAUAUCUCCUCCAGCCUCCCGCAGCUUCCUUGAACAACAAUCCUUCUGAAAUUGAAAUCAUGAAUUUGAUCAACUCUCUGUCUUCUCCUCUGUUGGAAAACCCAAUAAGUCAUAGCAAUAAUAAUAAUAUUAAUCUUGCGGCAGCAACCACUCUCCAACAACUUGGUACUGACUCAAUACUCCCAUUUUCCCAUUUGCCAAGCUUGGAAAUUCCCACUAAUGUUACGAACAGAUACGAAACGGUGCCGUUGAAUAAUAUUCCCAAGGAGAUGGUGUGUGGGCAGAGUGAUGAUGCUGCUAAUUCUGAUCCUAAUUCACCAUGGCAGCUGCCUUCUUCUUCCACUGAUCCGUCGCCGCCGCCGCCGCCGCACCUGAAUAUUAACGACCCGAUCGCUUCAAAUAGCAAUAAUAAUUAUGGCGACGCGUGUAGCACUUCAAGCUUUGCCGGAUCCUCUGCUUCCAUUUGGCCGGACCACCUCCUCCUUGAAGACGUUUUGUUUCAUGAUAUUCCUUCGCUUUAGAAUGUGAAAAUUAUUACAUAUUCAUAUAUAUAAUGCUUUAAUUAAUUAACCAUCGUGGUGCUGGUGGAGUAUAGUUUAUAUAAAACAACACCUGAGGAUUUAUUUUACCAUACAUACAGAUAUAUAUGUGAGAAAGUUCUGUUUAUUGUGUA